AUGUCAAAAGCAAUUAACAAAAGUCCAGUGGUCAAUGGCAAGAAUCAACAGAAGCUGUUGAGCUUGAAAAAUUUAGCUGACUUUGGGCUUGCAAAGCAAAAGUAAGAGGACUGAAAACUUGCACCAGUAGUGGCAAGCAUCCUAAACUCAUGUCCUGAAGUUGUAAAGGGUGAGCUGUAUGGAGAGACGGUUGAUGUUUGGGCUGCAGACAUCCUUUAUCAGCUGGCCACUGUGGACCAACCAUUUUACAGUACCAAUAUGCUCUCCUUGGCAACUAAGAUAGUAGGGGCUAUGUAUGAACCUGUGCCAGAAGGACUGUACUCUGAAAAAGUGUCAUUUACCAUUAAGAGCUGCUUGACUCCUGAUGCAGGGCCACAUCCAGACAUAGUGGAGGUCAGCUCACUGCUGUCUGAUGUGAUGAAUCUGGAUAUUUUAUCCACCUCUCUUCUCAUGCUGGAGAAGAAACUGGAUCAGGAGAGGAGAAAAAAUGAGAAGUUGAGUCUGCAUAGUAGCAGCGGUGGAUCAGCCAGUUGAAAAAGUGAAUUCUCAGAAAAUACUGACUUUCCAGUUGACAGUUGUCAGUCUACACAUGGAAAAGAUGAGGAAAAACAUAUGAAGCAAUUGUGGUAGAGGAUGACAGGACUAUGGAGAAAGGCAGACAUUAGUAUUUUCUCUGAAUUAGACAAUGAGAUAGAUAUAGUGGACAAUUCAAGCAGCUCCAGUUCAAGUAAUUUGAAAGAGUCUGCUAUUAGUAUAAUUAAACAAAGUUUUAGUGCUUCUGAAAAACAACCUCAGAUAAGAUGCCCAUUUCUUGCAUUUUGGAGGCCUCAUGUCCUUCAAAAAGGAAACAAACAGAAGCAGAAUAUGUCAUACCAUCCGUCUUCUAAAGACAUUCCUUUUCCUUCUGUUUCUUCAGCAAUGCAUCAGAGUGUUUCCUCUUUCAUUUCUUCCUCUUUAGUGCCUAUUGAUCUGCUUUUGAGAGUACCUUCACUCACCUGCAGGUUCCACACUAAGAAAAUCGAGUGUUUGUUCAUGAUGAGAUGGCAGUUUCAUGGUCUACCAGUUGUAGUUCUUUGCAAUUUGAAAUAUCAUGCAUUGGCAGGAAUUGCUGUAUCACAAAGGAAAGUGAGUCAGAUCAGUGACCCUGUUCAGCAGAUUCUUAUUCAGCCGCACAAAAUUAUCUUCAUCACUCAACUUUCUCCAGCUUUGUGAUGCAAUUUGAAAAGGAGAAUCAUUGAGAGAUUCAAGAAGUCCCUUGUCAGUCAGCAGGGCAAUCCUUGUAAACUGAAAUCAGAAAUCAAAAAGCUGCUGCAAGGUUCUCCUGAAUUGAUUAAACCAAAUAUCUUCACAGCAGAUUGGCAUGGGUGGAAAUAUUUUGCUUCCAGAUGCAUUCUUGGCACUUCUGGCGUAGCAGAAGGGAUGUCAUAUAAGCAGUUGCAGAUUCUAAUUGAAGAGGUUCUAGAGGAAAGUGGUUAUUGCAGUUUCUUUCCUAACAGGUCAGUCUAG